AUGGUACUCUCCGGAGGCUCUGCAAGCUGGCAUAAUAGCGAUAGCUGCCAAACACUGCAGUCUUUUGGUACUGUCCUCUGUCUGACCUCCUCUCGAGUCGGCUACGCGGUGGUGAAUCGACUCAUUGACCAAGGUGCUAAUGUACACGCCAAGCAGCAGUACCAGCAUCAGCCUUCAUCCACCUUUCAGUCUGAAAUGCAGAUUCCGUGGGAUGUCACUGCACUUCAUGUUAGCAGUAUGUAUUGGAAUACGGAGGCUGUCCAGGCGCUUCUUGACCGCGGCGGAAGAGCCAUCAAAGAAGAAUUAUCAUGCGGCGACAGCAAUGGGCGUCUACCACUUCACUGGGCGGCCGCGGGCCCGGGCUCAUUUGAGUGUUGGCUUUCUGAUGUUCAAGUCAGCAAUCGGAUUAUUAGCGCCCUCAAACUACUCUGCUAUGGCAGCGAUGUCGAUGCAGGGGACCACCAGGGCGAGACUGCGUUACAUUACGCUAUAAGGGGCCAGGCCGCUGUGGUAGAAAUAAGCACUUCAGUACCAUGCUGA